AUGGCAGACAGAAAAAAGAAAUUAUCUGGUUCACAGUAUCGAAAACGGAGGGCUGAAAAGGAACAAGGCAAGCAAGAAGGUUCAUUUCUUAAGUAUCUUCGGCCACAACAUCGGGAUGAUGAAGGUAGCUCUACUUCAAAGAUUCAACCUGAGACUGAAACAGAGACAACAGUUUUGUCUACAGCCUCACAAGCUGACAAAGAGUAUGAGGAACAUACUGAAGAUGUUGAAGAGGAACAUACUGAAGAUGUUGAAGAGGAACAUACUGAAGAUGUUGAAGAGGAACAUACUGAAGAUGUUGAAGAGGACCAUACUGAAGAUGUUGAAGAGGAACCAUGUGAAGUCCAGCUGGAUCAAGAAGUGAUACAAAGUGAAAGUAGCUCCAGCUUCAGCUAUAGUGACCCUGCUACCUGGAUAAAGUGUGAUGAUAAUUUACGACAAAUUUUGGUGGAACAUGGGCCAGAACAGGUUCAGCAGUUUAAGUUUCCUAAAGAUGCCAAUAAGAGAAGAUUUCUAACAAAUCAUUACAAAAGAAGACUUCCUAAUGGAGACCUAAUGCACCGUCAGUGGCUACAAUAUUCUGUAUCAAAUGACUCUGUAUUUUGCUUCUGUUGCAAGUUGUUUGGUAAUUACACAAACCUGCCAUCAUCUCUCUCUGAUAAAGGAUCCAAAGAUUGGAAGAACAUCACUGCAAUUUUGUCACAACAUGAGAGAAGUAAUGCACAUUUGGUCAAUUUUCAAAACUGGAAGGAGCUUGAAAUACGAUUGAAAAACAAAAAAACAAUUGAUGAAGAACACAUGCGCAUUAUUAAACAAAAGGAAAAGUACUGGCAGCAAAUCCUUGAACGAUUGAUUGCUUUAGUGAGAGUUCUUGGUAUACAAAAUCUGGCCUUCCGUGGAACCAAUGAAAAAUUGCACACAGCUGGUAAUGGAAACUUCCUGAAAUUUAUUGAAUAUCUUGCUUUGUUCGACCCCGUAAUGGACGAACACAUUCGUAAAAUAAGAGAUAAAGAGACCUAUGUACACUACCUUGGAAAAGAUAUACAGAAUGAACUAAUUCAGCUUUUAUCCAACAUUAUCAAAGAAGAAAUUCUUAAAUCUGCUCAAGUUGCAAAGUAUUUUUCUAUAAUUAUUGAUUGUACACCCGAUGUAAGCCACGUUGAACAAAUGACCAUGAUCCUUCGCUUUGUGAACAUAGCUUCAUUAACUGAUGAUUGCGAACCUGUACGCAUUAAAGAACAUUUCUUAGGAUUUCUGCCACUAAAGGAAACGACUGGUGCUGGUAUGACAGAAAUUAUCCUUCACCAGCUAGAAGAGAUGUCAUUGCCUGUUGCUAAUUUACGUGGUCAAGGCUAUGAUAACGGAAGCAAUAUGAAAGGGAAGGAAAAUGGUCUUGGUGAUAUUUAUGAUGCCCUAUUUGAAAUCUAUAAUGACAAUACCCUCACUGGAGCAUCUGGCAACACCUCAAGAAUAGAGGCACAAGGUCUUGCAAAAGGCAUUUCUAAUUUCAAGUUUGUAAUUUCUCUAGUGGUUUGGUAUGGUAUAUUGUUUGAGGUCAAUAUGACAAGCAAACAGCUUCAGACAAAAGAAUUUGACAUACAUAAUGCCAUUAAACAACUGAAUGAAACAAAGAAGUUUCUUGCAGACUGCAGGAGUGAUGAAGGGUUUGGGAAAGUACUGGAAGAGGCCGGUGAACUUGCUGAGGCACUUGGGAUACCAGCACAGUUCGAAGUAGAUCCUGUUCGCAUUAGUAGAAAGAGGAAGCAGUUCAUAUAUGAAGCAGAGGAUGCGCCUAUUCAGAAUCCUAAGGAAAAGUUCAAAGUGAACUUUUAUUUUGCUGUGCUUGAUACAGCUGUGCAAUCAGUUGAAGAUGAAUUCACGCAGAUGAAGCAAAUUAGUUCUGUGUUUGGCUUCCUCUAUAAUGUUCACAGUUUACAGAAUAGAACUUCACAGCAAAUUAUGGAAGAUUGUUGCAAGUUAGAGCAAGCUUUACAACAUGGCGACUCCAAAGAUAUUGAUGCUUCUGAUUUAUGCAGUGAAUUACAAAGUAUUGCAAGGCGGGUUCCAGAGUGUACAUCUCCACAAGAUGUAUUCAACUUUUUGUGUAAAAAUGAGCUGAUAGAUGUUGUCCCCAACACAUGUAUUGCUCUUCGCAUCCUUUUGACCCUCCCUGUGUCUGUGGCCAGUGGCGAGAGAAGCUUUUCCAAGCUAAAGUUGAUCAAAACAUAUAUUCGAUCUUCCAUGAUGCAAGAAAGACUUGUUGGUCUCUCUCUUUUGUCAAUAGAACAUGAGAUCGCACAAAAAGUGGAUCUGAAAGAGCUUGUCUCUAAAUUUGCUAAAUUAAAAGCGCGGAAAAUGUUUGAACCAGUCGUCCUGGGAGGACGAGACAUGAAUUCUGAGGAAGAUCUCCAAAUCCUGGUUGACUCUUUCCGUGCUCCCGUUGGUCUGAGGAUGAUACGCUGUCGAAAAUUUUAG